AUGAAUGUUACCCUACUUUUUGUUAAUUUAUUUGCAUCAAUAUCAACAGGAUCUCUUGCUAUUAUAAAUACAUUUGUUGAUUCAUGUGUUGAUAUUACAACAAGUCUUGUAUUGGGACUAUGCCUAUGGUUAAUACAUAAUACGAAUACUCAUAAAUAUCCACGAGGAAGGGAAAGGCUUGAGUUAUUGGGUGUGAUCCUAUGUUCCAUAAUUCUGGUGGUUUCGAAUGCGUUCCUUAUACUGGAAUCAGUCACAGCAAUCAUCACAGGGCAGGUAGCUCCUGAAAUGAAUGCACUGGUUAUGACGGCUAUGUUGGGUGGAUCGGUUUUUAAGACAAUUCUCAUGGUUGUGUGCUACAGAAGAGGAUCUGCAUCGUCGAGGGUUCUGGCCAUGGAUAUGCGUAACGAUAUUGCGACAACGCUUGUGGCCGUCGUAUGCGCUACCGUUGGCUCACUCUAUUGGUCGUAUGCCGAUCCUGUUGGAGGCAUACUCGUCUGUGGCAUGAUAGUGAUUUCAUGGUUUCGUUAUGCUUUGCGACAUAUUCCAUUACUGGUUGGUGUGCGAGCUAAGGAUGACCACUUGGCACGGGUGCUGAAAGUUGUCAUCGAUCACGACCCACAUAUACGGUAUAUCAGCCAUGCGAUGGUCUAUCACACAUCUAUGCAAGCUAUCGUUGAACUGGAGAUUGUCAUGGACCAGAAUCUUCCUCUGAAGGUAGAGAAGGGCCAUGUUGUUCUUGCGAUGAUGUUUUUUGAGCAAAUUUUCCCCAGGGGUCAAGUGACAACUCGUGAGGUUUCACGCUCGUUACGACGAAAUCUGCUGAAACUCGAUUUUGUGGAAUUGGCAUUUGUUCAUUGUGACUGCGAAUUUCCCAGUGAUCUGGAUGUUGUAUAA